ACAUCUCCAGACAUGGAACAGCUAGAAGCCAUCCAAGCUCACGUCAGAGAGAUGACGGAAGAAAUUGACAAGAUAAAGGAGAUGCAGAAAGAGCUGGCGCAGCUGAUGAAGAUGCACUCACCUGCAGGCAAUCAAGGCCAGGUGGUCCUGUCUCCUGAGGAGAAGAAGCAGGCUGAUGCCCGCUCGAUCUACGUUGGCAAUGUGGACUACGGAGCCUCAGCAGAAGAGCUGGAAGCACACUUUCUUGGCUGUGGGUCAAUCAACCGUGUCACCAUCCUCUCUGACAAAUUCAGUGGCCACCCCAAAGGGUUUGCAUACAUAGAGUUCUCAGACAAGGAGUCGGCGAAGAUUUCCUUGUCCUUAGAUGAGUCCCUUUUCAGAGGCAGACAAAUCAAGGUGAUCCCCAAACGAACCAACAGACCAGGCCUGAGCACCACAAAUCGGGGCUUCCCAAGAGCUCGCUAUGGUGGCCGCUCCACCAACCACAGAUCAGAGUCUCAGUCCCAUGGGCGUUUCCACCACAGGCCUGGGGGCCCAGUCUACCGGGGGCGCCCUGUGCGCAGGGGUGGGUCGAGAGCCCCCUCCUGGUAUACCCCUUACUAA